UCCGGGCAGGCGCGCCUAUGGCGUUUCUAAGGUGACGCCGCGCACAGCGACGUUUCUCCGGGGGCGGAGGAAACACCUAUGAACCCCUCGGCGGUCUUCCUCGCCGGGCGCCAGAACAUCGGGUCAGAAGUUGAGAUUUCCAUGAUCGAGAAGCAGCGGAAGGAGCUGCAGCUGCUCAUUGGAGAACUGAAAGACCGUGAUAAAGAGCUCAAUGAAAUGGUCGCAGUCCAUCAGAGACAGCUUCUGUCAUGGGAAGAGGACCGGCAGAAAGUGCUGACUUUGGAAGAGCGUUGUAGCAAACUGGAAGGUGAACUACAUAAAAGAACUGAGAUAAUCAGGUCACUCACAAAGAAGGUAAAAACGCUGGAAUCGAAUCAGAUGGAAUGCCAGACAGCCCUGCAGAAGACCCAGCUCCAGUUCCAGGAAAUGGCUCAGAAGGCAACCCAUGCCUCUCUCCUCUCUGAAGACCUUGAGGCCAGAAACGAGAAUCUCAGCAACACCUUAGUGGAGCUUUCUGCUCAAGUAGGACAAUUACAAGCUCGAGAACAGGCUCUCACUACAAUGAUAAAACUAAAGGACAAAGAUAUCAUUGAGGCAGUCAGUCACAUUGCAGACUGCUCGGGUAAAUUUAAGUUGUUGGAGCACGCCUUGCGCGAUGCCAAGAUGGUGGAGACUUGUAUUGUGAAAGAAAAGCAAGACUAUAAGCAGAAACUGAAGGCCCUUAAGGUUGAAGUCAAUAAACUAAAAGAGGAUCUAAAUGAAAAGACAACAGAGAACAAUGAGCAACGAGAAGAGAUCAUUCGCCUCAAGCAGGAGAAGAGUUGCCUGCACGAUGAGUUGGUUUUUACUGUAGAGAGAGAGAAAAGGAAAGAUGAGAUGCUUGAUAUUGCGAAGUCGAAACAAGAACGUACAAAUGCAGAACUGCAUAGUCUGAGACAGGUUUAUGUAAAACAACAGAGUGAUCUGCAGUUUCUUAAUUUCAACGUGGAAAAUUCUCAGGAGUUAAUACAGAUCUAUAACUCCAAGACGGAGGAGUCCAAGGCCCUGGAGUGCAGCAGAGACAUGUGUUUAUCUGACCUUGAAAAUAACCACCCAAAAGUCGAUAUUAAGAGGGAGAAAAAUCAGAAGUCACUGGUUAAGGACCAAAAAUUUGAGACCACGUUGUUUCAGCAAAAUAGGUCAGACAAGAGCUCUUGUGAUGUGUGCAAAGAGAAGAAGCUGCAGGUUAAUACCUCGUUGGGGGAAAAAAGUGUAAUUGCUAUCUCAUCUCUGUUUGCCAAAGACUUAAUGGAGAAACAAAAACCUUGGUCUCUGGGAGGGAAACUCCAGAUUGAACCUGAAAACAAAAGUACAUUGUGCAACAUCCAUGCAAAAUCCCCAAAAAGUAAUGGAAUUGGAAAUCAGAUCGAAGAGAAACAGCUCUUGGACACAUCAGCUUCAUCUGAUGAAAGGUCGUGGCAUGAUGUCAGCGUGUACCUGGGCCUGGCCGACUGUUCUGGUUCCAAACAACCAGAAAAGCUGGAUGCUCAAUGCCAAGACCCCAAGGAAAGAUCAGGAGUCUUGUGUUGCCAUGAAAAUGCAGCCUGUCUGGGUGAGAAUGACACGUGUAGGUUCAGGUGCUGCCACCCGAGUGAUUUCAUCGUCGAGGCGCCAGGCCAGAUGUCCGAUGCUGAGUGGAUGAGCAUUUUCAAGCCCUCAAAGCUGCAGAGGAUCGUCCGCCACAAGUCUGUGUGCACGUGUGCGGAGAGCGCCAGUGGGACGAGAUACAAGGCCGCGAGCGAGCUCAUUGCCGUCCAGCGCUCCCACUGUCUGAGUUCUGCAGUGAGAGAGGAUGAGAAGGGGGCAGAGGCAGAAUCCUCUUCCGAGCAAAAGAAUUCAUCCAAGAUUUUGUUCAUGAACCAAGAGUUAGCAUUGCCCAAUGAGAAGGAUGAUUUUUCUCCCACGAGUAAGCUUCAGCGUUUGCUGGCAGAGUCUCGCCAGAUGGUCACCGAUCUGGAGCUGAGCACCCUGCUGCCCAUCAGCUCUGAGAGUGUCUGCAGCACUGGCCACAAGAACUUAGAAGCCUCAGAAGAGUCAGCUAAAAAAAACAGCUCUCAGUAGUUGAAGAGAACAAAAGUGUUCUUCAGCAUUCAGUGUUCGUGGAAGCCGAGUCCUCGUCUAUGCGGAAGGCAGGAAGCAGACAUCAGUACCUAGUACUUAACCUUGAAAACAAGAAGAGAAUUGUGAUCCCUCAGAAGCAACAUUGCAUACCGAAGAGGAGCAGAAACUGGAAGUUAAUUUUUAAACAUCUAUGUUUUGUUUGUUUUCAAGUUAACCAUUUGCAUAUGUCAGAAAUAUUUCUCAUGUAAGAAAUCAGUCCUUAUUCUCUAUGGUAGAUACACAAACUUGGAAUUAUGCUGAGAGAAAAAGACUUCCCUGUAGUUUAUCAGAGUCAGCUUCAAACAGAAUGAGAAAGAGUCUUCUCUUCUCUCGUGGUUUUAGCUCGGGACGUGGCUGUGUAAACAGACACAAGGUGAUGUGAUAGUCACUGUUUUUAACUGGAAGUCACCUCCUCUGCUGCUGAGAGUUGAGGGCCUCGGUCCCAAAACUGAGCGGAGCCCCACUUGUCCGGGUCUGUGGCCGUCCCACCUACUCACACACACAGCAGCUUGCUGGAAGAUCACGUUUUAUAUGCAUUAAAAAAAUUAUUCAAGUCUGAACCACUUCUGUUUUAACUUGUAAUUUAAUUUUUUAA